UGUUAGUUUUGGUUCCAGAUGUAUGUUAAAUUCACUAAUGAGCAUCUUUUACAGCUCAAGGCUUAAACAAAGUUUCCCCCAGUGAUCACGUAAAGUAAGUAAAGGAAAACCAGACACCAUAUAUUGCAAAGUCAAACCAAAAGUCUUUCCCACUGUCAGUGUUUCUCAACUGUUACAUCAUUGCACUCUCAUCUUACAAGCAAACAGAAGAAAAGGAAGAUAACAUAAUAAGAAAUAUAAGUAGAGACACUUUCCUGAAACAUCCGUGACAAUGAUCUACUUUUGCAAACAAACCAAACUAAUCGACCCCCGGGCGUGUGUGUUUACCUUUGAGUCACAGUUUGUGUGUGAGCCUGCAGGAGUGAUUUGGGCCUGCAGUAAGCGUGGGCGGGACUUUCCACCCUUUUUUUUUUUUUUAUCCUCACGCUCCAAUGGCCAAGAGGCACCUUCCUUGUUUCAUUUAUGAUCACCUAAAGGCCAAGUCCUAUUUGAAGGCUCUCAACACAGUGAAUCAACAUAGAGUUAUGGCAAUAUGAAAGGACACAGCUGUGGACACAUCCUGCACACACGCAGUAUGUUGCACUAGCUGUCUUCAGUGACUACAGCCCUGCUACAGGUAUGUUGAAGAUUUCUGAUCAGGCUAUCUUUUUUUAUGGUUGUGUGGUACUGUCUCUUUCCAUGCAACACAGUUAUACCUCCCCUUUGAGUUCUUUGUUGAAGCAUGUGUCUACUUGCAUCUGUGAUCUGUGUGUCAGUUAAUGUAAGGGUGUGGAUGGGUGCGUUCUGUACUGUUACAUGUCUAAUCAGGCAGUCGAGACAGCUAACCUAAAUGUUUUGGAAGAAACUUUGCCACAGCAUUUUUUUUCUGUCGUGGCAUUGCGGAUUUUACUUGUGUGGAUGGUUUAGUAAUCCGUAUCUCCUGGAUCCUUCUGAGGUUGACUGAGACUACAUGGCCUCAGGUGGAGCAGAGGAAGACGAUGGAGGCAUUCCAUUGGACAUUGACAACGUGCACAUGCUCCUCCAAGUGGAGCAUGAACAGAUUCAGAAAAGGACGUUCACCAACUGGGUAAAUGCUCAACUCUCUAAGAGAUGCCCUCCCUCAUUUGUGUCAGACCUCUUCUCUGAGCUCAGGGAUGGGUCACAGCUGCUCGACCUGUUGGAGGUGAUGAGCGGCCAGCCCAUGAAAAGACAAAGGGGUCGUGGGCUUUUCCAGCAAAGGGCCAACAUUGAAACAGCACUCAACUUUCUCAAGAAAAAAUCUAUCAAACUGGUGAACAUAAACAUCUCAGAUAUCAUAGACGGACGGCCCUCCAUCAUCCUCGGACUCAUAUGGACCAUCAUCCUCCACUGUCACAUUGAGGAGCUGGCCAACACUCUCUCCUACAGUUCUUGUCAUUCCCUCGACUCUCUGUCCAGCCUGGACUCCUGGUCUGGCAGCCCGGCCCCAGCUAGCCCAGUCCCUGCAAGCCGAGCGUCGCCUCUCCACAGAAGCUUCAGGGUAUCCGCCAAGAAGGCUCUGCUUAUGUGGGUCAGGGACCAAUGUAAGAGGGUUGGUUGCUCUGUUAGCGUGAGGGACUUUAGGUCGAGCUGGAGAAGUGGAGAGGCCUUCUUGGCCAUCCUGUGCUCUCUCAGACCACAGCUUGUGGAUCUCUCACUGGUCCAGUCCAGAAGCAACCAGGAGAACCUGGAAGAAGCGUUUCAACUGGCCGAAAGGGUGCUCCACAUCCCCCGCCUGUUGGAGCCGCAGGAUGUUGAUGUUAAAGACCCUGAUGAGAAGUCAAUUAUGACGUAUGUGGCCCAGUUUCUGCAGUACUCCAAUGACAUGCCAGCACCUGAUGACCAUCUGCAGCUGUUUCCUCUGGUCCAGACCUCUUCUCUUUCACCGGUGAACUCGCCUGCUCGCUUCACUCCAGCAGCUGCUGUCUCACCCUUACGUGAGGUCUCUCCAAGUGAGCGAGCACAAGAGGUGACUUGCUGGCUGCAGCAAGCUUACCAGGAGCUGUCGGAGUCUCGGACGGCUACAGAGAACUCAAGCUUUGCAGAAAAAUAUCAGGUGUUUCAGAACCUCGCUGGCUCCUUCACAGAGCAAAGGAGACCUGUGAUGACUCUCCUUGCUGCAAUAAGACGCCGGCCCGAGUUGAGCCAAGAGCAGUGUGCUCUCAGGACGGCGUGGGAUCGUCUGGAAGAGGAGUUGCAGAGGUGUAAAGCAGACCUGGACUCGAGCCUUCCUUCUCCCUUUGACUCAGUGAUUGUUUGGCUGCAGCGUGCGGAGGCAGCGCUCAAUGAAGAGGGAGGGAAAGAGAAAGAUCAUGCCGAUGCUGCUAAAAAAGCACGAGGUCAACAAGACACGCUAAAGAUUUUAAUUGAGCAGACGAGCCACUAUGUCAAUAUCCUUGACGCCUACCACAAUGUGGAUGACUCAGGAAACGUGAUAGUGCCCCUUGAAAAGUUUGAUGAGAUAAAAAGACGUUUAACAGAUAUCCGAGUCACAUCCAAGUAUCAAGGGAUCAAGCUGGAAUACCAGGAAUGCCGUCACACUGUACUGGAUCUCCUGGGCCGCAUCAGUGCGAAGGUUCAGACCUGGAAAGCUCCCUACAGCUCUCAGGAGACAGUGCUUGUGCUUCUGCAGGACUGGCAUGAAACAGUGGAGCGCCAAGGACAGCUUUUGAUUCUGGUGGACGCCCUCCAAAACCUGGAGCAGAAGGCGAAUGCCUACACCAGCAAGGCAGCGCUAGGUGAAGAUUCUCAGCGUGCUGCUCGUCAGGUGAAGGAAGCAGAGAGUGAAGCUGAUUCGCUCACACAGGCUGUGACGGCCGUGAGAGGGACGAUGGAGAGAGUCGUGUCUGCGUGGGAGACUUACAACAGCUGCAUCACUUCUCUGCAGACGUGGCUAGCACAGAGGAUACAUUCACAUGGCCAGUCUCCUGCUGCAGGGACGCAGGAUAUGAGUGAGUGGACGUCAUGUCAGGCUAAGUUAAACGAAGCGGGGAACUUGCUCAUUGAAGCGACAGAAUCUUCAACCAGCCUCGCUCUGUCCGAGCAACUCAGCAAGGUCAACAUGCAGUGGGCUGAAUGCAUGAAGAGGACAAUGUUUGAAGUGUCAUCGGAGCCCAGUGUUGGUCCCCAGUGUCUUCAGCUGGUGCAUUCACUGACCCAGGAGGCCACACGGCUACUGAGGCAACCACUAGAGGUGGCAUCAGUCCCACUGAAGGCUAACAGACAGAAACUACAGCUACUGAGUAAAAAGAUGGCUGACGUGGACCUUUCAUCACUCACAUCAUCUCCAGACUUUCAAACAAGUCACAUAGAGAAACUCCAGGAAACUCUCCCACAGACACUUGCUGAUGCAGAGAGGAGCUGUGGAGAGCUGCAGAGGGCUGCGUCCAGGCUAGAGGGCCGUCUGGCUGAGCUGGACCGCUGGAGCACAGAGGCCCUGGACUGUCACCAGCACCUAAAGGAGAAAAAGCACAGAGGACGCUCUGCAUUAGAAACCACAGCCAAAGUCCUGAUAUCUCGAGGCCUGCAGCUGCAGAGCCAGAUGGUAACUGAGGGACAGGAUCUGCAGGACCUCGUGGCUCGAGUACAGAAAACCUCUCCUCUGCAGCACCUCAGCACCUCUGGCAUGCAGGACAGAAUAUCAGAGGCACACUCUCUCUGCCAGGAGAUUCUCGAGAUGUUUAGUCCCCUUGGGUUUCUGCGACAUGUUGAAACAGUCCAUCAAACACAGAGGCAACCGGAGGCAGGGUUAUUAGUUGUGGCCAGAACCAAACAUGUAGACCAGAUUGGGAAUGUUAUGCUGCAAACACAAGACCCAACUCAGGUUUCACCUGAGAGUCCAUCUCAGACAGCUCAACAGAUGACGAGAGGUCUCCAGGAUUUGCACGUGAACACACAGGAUGAACCAACCAUUGUUAUAUCACAUGUCCAAAUCCAGAUGCUGCCUCAGCCUUUAAAGGAACCAGAAUCUCAUAUACACACUCCGCUUGCUCAAACUGUAAAAGAAGAUGAAUCAUUGUUUAAACCUCAUGCUCAAGCAUCAAGUCCUGUUUUGUCCCCUGUUGGACCAAAGUCUCCAAAAAGUCCAGUUCUGUCUAAACAGACAACAAGUCCAGUUCCUGACCAGGAAAAGGAGAGCCCAUCCGCCUCACAAACAUCCAGAACAAGAGGGCAACCAAACACUCUACAGAGUAAUAAAAAAUCUCCACAGCGACCCGCCGUGGUCCGCGGUGAAGUUCGUUUAAAAGCCCGGUCGAUGGCGAGGAGCAGACUGGAGAAGGCCAGGUUUCAUCUGCAAGGACGCAUCCAGCAAGCCAUCAAAUUAUUUAGUGGCAAAGAAAUUUCAGAGCCACAGGCCAAAAGGAAACAGAGAGCUUUAAAGAUUCUCCAGCCCGCCAUCCUCGACGAGUUCCUGGGUGCUGUGGAGGGUUUAGGGGCCUUUUGCACUGAGCCCCAGCUCCAGGAUUUGAUGCUCCUCUCUGAAUCAGUCAGAAAGCAGUGGGAGGACGUACGCACAGAAAUAGCCGCCUUUGUUCCCAUCUUAUGGUCUAAGAUCACAGAGGGAAAGCAGUCAUUGUCUGUUGUGCAAUGUGAAGCGCAAACUAACGCUCCGCACGAAGCCACUGACCAGUGUGACCAUGACUCUUUGCUACAACAAAAGGCCGUCAUGGAUGAAGCUGCAUCGGACGAGGAACGUGUUGAAUCGCUCCAAGAAGUGUGUGAAAUACUAACACCAAGAAAAUCCCCCUGCCUGGAAACAGAACAACUGAAGGAGUCGGAUGAAGCGCAGGAAACACAACCCAGUGACACAGUGCUCCCGUCUGACUGGGGACAGCAGCUCCGGGGAAACACCCCGCUGAGAGCGACUGGCAUGUCAGGCGACACACAGCAGAGCAACGAUCUCCCACAGAAACAAAGCGGGGGCAGCCCAGAACAAGACCUCUCACCUCUGGGUUGGGCUGCGUCAGUGCGGUCGAGCAGUGAUUUCCUCCAGCUGCGAGCUCAGGACGUCCCAACGGAGAGCGAGGAUGACCUGACACAGCGUAAAAAAGAUCUAAAGCCCUCACAUCGAGCCAAAGAGCAGCCGCUAAAAGCUCGUCUACUGGACAUCACAGAGAGCAGACAGCAAACCCAAACUCAGAUACAGGUGGUUGUCACGGGCAACACUGUGGAGUCCAAGCAUGAGGCAGAGUGGACCGUCAUCGCGGAGGCAGCUGCCAGACCACAGGAAGAGCAGUCCUUAGAACAGGAAGUACUGGAAAGGUACAGAAAGUCCUGCUUAGUAUUUCAGUCUCAACUCCAGAAGAACAAGCAACAUUUGGAGGCGUUUAUCCCAGACCGAGUCACCAUCACCACCCUGCCGAGCCAAGAGAAGCAACUACAGACAUUAAAACAGGAGACGGAGGCUCUGUGGUUUGAGUUUGAGCUCCAGCAUGGCCAGCUGUCCCAGCGCUCCCAUCUGAUGACCACAGACGAUAAAGGUGAAGUGGAAAGAGACUGGAUACAGCUGACUCAGCAGUGGAGAAACCAACAAGUGUGCCUAGAGAGCAGGAUGACAUCUGUAGAGAAUACUGCCAACCUGAUGGAGUCUGCAAAUGACCAGACGGCACUGAUCAGAGAAAAACUAGACCAGAUCCUCAGAGAGUCUGUAGACGUCUCCUCCUUCACCUUGACUGAUCCUGGACUAGUAUCUGAUUUGAAGGAGAUGGACAACAGACUGCGAUCUGAAAUGAGAAAGUUAUCAGAAGAAGAGGAAAGACAAGGGUCGGACGCCACAUCCCGUUCACCCCUCUUCCUGGCUCUGCACAACAGUGUCCAUCAUCUUGAACAACUCAGACAGCGGCUGGAGAAGGUUCAGUCAGCUGUCCGGGACCUGGAUCGCUUCCUGGCCACAGUAAGGGAAGUCGAGGCUGAGAUCCCAACACUGUUGGCAAACCAGGACCCCAGCAGACAGCAGAAUGAGGCAGACUUGGAGCAGGAGAGACGUUCUUGGCAGGCAACAAUGCAGCAGAAGUUGCAGACUGCUGCGGAACAAUCUGACAGUGUUGACAGCACUUUAAAGGCAGUGGGGAUGACUCUGGCCAUAGAUGGUGCAACAGCGACAUGCCAGGAUGUGGUGACAUCAUUGUCUCAGAAAGCUGUGGAUGUGGAGAAAGAACUGAUGAGAGUCUGGAAGAGGGAGAGAAAAGCAGAGCCACUUCCGAUGGGAAAGGAACAAAUCCAGGAGUUGAAUCUUACUGAGAUACGUCAGACGAAGACUGAGGAUGAUUCACCACAGGAACAGGAGUAUCCCACAGAAAGUAGGAUGCAAGAGGAGUCAGGAACGGAGGCCAAAAUGAGUUGGCUGAAAGGAAACAGUGCUACAAAGACACACAGGGAGAAGGAGGUACAAACAUGCAAGUCUGAAGAGGAUGUUUUAAAAGCCAAGGAUGAGAGAAGAAGGAGAAUCAGCCAAAUUAAGAAAGAGGGAGAAGAGAAGGAGAGUUUGAUCCAGAGGAGAUUUGCCUUGUUAGUCGCAUUGAGGGAGAUAAUGGGAGCAGCUGAGCAGCUGGGGUUACAGGAGCCCUCCCUGCCUGCUCUGCAGCAGAGGACACGGGCCUUGACCGAGCUGGAAAGUCGUCUUGUUGGACACAUGGCUGAGCUGCAGCACAUACAAGACGCAUGUUUACAAUCAGGAAUCCCUGACGUGAGUCAUACCAGAGAGGUGGAGGAUGUCCUGGACGAGGCGACAAAAGCAGUAGCCCAACGGCUGGAGUGGUGUAACGUCCUAACAGAGCUGCUAAAGAGGUUUCAGAGCAUUCGCGGGGAGCUGAAUGGGACGCUGCAGAGCGCAGAAAGCACCAUCAGUGAACAAGCCUCCUACAUGGGGAGAGACAACUUGCAGAGACUGCACACUAAGGUCCGGGACACAAAAGCAGAACUGAACGGCCUCGGGGACGGCAUAGAGGAGGUCCGCAGUGUCUGCAGACAUCUUCACACUCAUCUCCGUCACAUCCCAGAGUGCACCGUCAUCCCAUUCGAGCAUGAAGCAGAUGCUCUCAUGGACCGCUGGCUGGAUAUAUCAGAAAGAACAGAUUCCCACAUUGAAAACCUACAUCUUAGCCUGACUCUGUGGGAUGGGGUCCUCCAGCUGGGAGCAGAGGUGGAGAGCUGGAGCGCCAAUAAAUUAGCUGCAUUUGCUCAGUCUCCAUCUUUUCAGACGGAGGAAGACGUCAGAACGUCGCAGAAUGAGAUUCAGGCCCAAGAGGAGAAUAUGGAGCGUUUCCACCGAAGAGCCACUGAGAUUCAGGUGCUGCUUCAAAGCUCAGAGCCUCCUCUGGAGCUGCAGGUUGUGGAGACCCAGAUGAGGAAAAAGAUAGAGCAGCUGAAGGAGGUUGUUUCCGAAGCCGAGGAUGUUUACAGGCAGACGGUGGCUGCUAAGGAACACGUUACUGCCAGAAUGGCUGAAUGCUUUAACUCCCUGCAGAAGAUUCAGGACUCCCUCCUCACUCUCAGCGGUUCAGAUGUCGCAACAGUCCUUGCAAAACUUAAGGAUCUACUUUUCGAGCUUCAGACCCAGGAUGAGCAGGCGGAGAGUGUGUUUGAGGACCUGCGUGUCCUGGCUUCCAUAGCGAGUUCAUCCAGCCUACAGAGUCUGUCUGAGGACGGGAUGCAGCUGCAGGACAAAGUCAGAAACACUCAUCAGCUCCUCUCUGCGGUGGGAGAGGACACUGAGAGGAAUAUCCAGGCUUUCGACCGGCUGCAAUCGGAGAGCGAGCAUUUGGAACAAUGGUUGCAAGCUGUUGAAGAAAAGGCAGCAAAGGAGCAGGGUCUUAGUCUCCUGCAGGAGGAAGCACUUCAGCAAAGGGUGAGGACAGAGGCCCUCGCUCAGCUCGUGUCUUCCUUACAAAGCAGCACAUUUCAGCAGUCUGCUCUGGUGGAAGAAAGCAGCAGACUGCUGCACCGAUGCAACAGCUUUUACGCCAACGUACUGCGUGGCUCCACGGAGAAGCAAAGCGCUCUGACCGGGGACAUCGAGGUGUCUCAGACUCAGUCCUCGGUCGGAGACCUGAAACAAGUUAUUGACUCGCCACCUGUUGAAAACCUCGGUCUCCAGAGUGGUGGAGAGCAGAAAGCUCACAGCACUCAGGCUGCAGUAAGCGCGAUGGCGGAGGGGGAGGCUCACCUUGAAGAGCUCAGAGUCUCUGACAGAACGUGUGAUGGAGACGACCUGAAACAAGACGUUCAGGAAACCAUUCAGACGGCAGACGAGCGGCUGAGGGACCUUCUCCAGUCAGCUCAGCCUCAUCACAGUGUUCCUCACGCUGAUCUGGACCUCACCUCCUCCUACCUGGCCCAAAGACAUCAGGCGUCUCGCAGAGUGGAGGAGCUGCAGCACAGAACGGCUCAGCUCCCCACGUUAUUCCCCUGGCUGGGCACGGCUGAGCGCAGACAAAUCCACCAUCAAGCCCGUCAACUGCAGGAUGAGACCGAAUCUCUGCAACUAACUCUAAGCAGCCUGGCUGAACAGAGGAGGCAGCUCGCAGAACGAACCAGCGACAACACGUGGAAGGAUUCCUCAUCGGAUGAGCUGGAGACCUGCUGGUCAUCACUGAUGGCAGAGCUGAAGGGUGUGUGUUCCCGCCUCGAGGAAGGUGCGUGUAAUGAGGAACAUUUUGGCCGGUUACUGCAGGACUGCCACCAUAAAUUGACGUCCCUGCAGGAAAGGAUGUCAGCCUGUCAAGCCCAGAAAGAACACUCAGCUGGACCAAUCACUGAUGUACCAGCUCUGGAGGCUUUGCUACGAGAAGUAACAGACACAGAAAAAGACCUUUUACAGAUUGUCACACUGAAGGACUCUAUCACAGCCAGCUCCACGGUCAAGGCCCGGGCCAGCCUCUGCCAGCAAGUCAGCAAACUCCAAAACCACAAGAGGGCACUAGACAGUAGCAUCAGAGAAAAUCUGGCACUGCUCUCAGAGGACAGCAACCAGAGAGCUCAACAAGUGGAGGAAGAGGUCUCCUGUGUGCAGACAGCACUGAAAGACCUGGCUGAAAAUGUUGGAAAACUGUGUGAGGACAGUGAAGUGUUGCCUGAUAUCAGCCAGCUCAAACAGCAGUGGCAUACAAUACAGGAUUGUGAAACCAGACUGACAGAGUUGGCUGCGAGAGUUCACGACCUGCAGAAGACCGGAGAGUCGAGCGCCACGCGAGAAACACUUCCUGCAGGUGUCAUUUGGACUGUUGAUGCAGUUGCCAAAGACGUUGACAGUCUCAGGUCCAUUUCUCUACGGAAGAAGCAGGAUUGUGCUGCAAACACCGCCAACAUGGUGAGACAGAUCGUCAGCCAGCUGCAGACGUGGAGCCAAACAGUACAAACUGAAACGUCAUCCCCCAGCCAGGCUGCUCUUAAUGAGGGCGUGUGGCGUCAGCAAACUCUCCGUGAAGUGCUCUCAGAAGGAGACUUUCUUCUGAAUUGCCUGGGAACAAAAGAGACAAAGAAACUGGAGGAAACUGCUUCAGAUGCUCUAAAUGGGAGUUCAUCUGCACUUGAAGCUUUAUCUAAAUAUCUGGUUAGUCAAGAUCAUUGUCAAGCGGAGUCGGACAAAGUUGUUGAAGAAAGUGAAAGUGAUGCACCGCAUUUAGCUGCACCUGAUGAUACUGCGGCCAUGUGUCCUCCUGCUGCUCCUUCGCUUUCUGCAACAGACAACAAGGGAAACUCUGGAAGUGACGAGAAUGACACUAGAAUUAAAGCCAGAGACCUUUUGGAAACCGCCAAAGAAGAAUUCUCAUGUGCAGAAACCCAACAAGAAUCACAACAGUUAUCAACUUCACAAGAAAUACACUUGAAGACAUCAAAGGACAGACCUGGCACAUUGAUCACUGAUAGUAAUCCGUUAAGCAAUGGGCACAAGACACUUUCUGGAAAUAACACAGAACCUUUAAUGCGUGACACAUCUCCUACUCUCAACCAGAGUUUAACAGCUUGGCAAGAGACCCCUGUACCAUCGCAGGAAGACGCUACCUCAUCCCAGGGUUUAGAAAUGUCAUCGAUAGGCACAGACAGUACCAAAGAAAUCACUUCUGCACACUGUGUCACAUCCCUGGAUGGAUCCUCAGCGACAAAGCCAGACAACUUCCCUCUUCCUACCUCUGAAAAUGUGUCUGAACGUCUAGCAGCACAAUCUGAGACAUUUAAAGCGGUGAUGUAUGCUGAAGAACAAGAGAAACACUCUGACGACGUCAGUGCAACCCCAAAGAAAGUGUUCACAAUAGUGUUGGACGUGGAGCUGCCUGAGUUUCAGCCACAGGGCGUGCAGCAAAGGGAAAAUGUUGAAGAGAGCAGUUCAGAUGUCCUCACGUGUUCGAAGGGGGCAGAGAUUUGUGAUGCAGAAGUCGCAUGCAUUCCUGAGGAGAAAUCUGGGCUCUGUACAGCGUUAAUCAGUCCUGAAUCAGAUGAGACAGACUUCAAAAUAUUUUGUUUAAACAAGUCUCGCGACGCAGACUCGCUGCCAAAAACCCCUCCAGCAUCACUAAGCAGAGAACUGGAGGAAGUAGAAUCCACAAGUGCCAAAUUAUCAUGCAAAGAAAACUCAGAAGGCCAUGAAUUAAUGCACAAUGACAUGUUGAAUUCCUCCAAAUCAUGUGGCAGCGUUGCUGAGUGUCAGCUCGCUGGUGCACAUGCAGCAGAAACAACAUUUCCGGAUGUCAAACAAGAGGAGGUGACAUAUUUCUGUCACGCUGAAGAGCAAACAAUGAGCUCGGUCUUGUGCACCGGGGAGGGAGAUGCCUCAACUGAAACACAAAUACCUGCUGGUGACAGUAAACAGCUGACUGUUGCUGACACUGCACAGAGCACAGGUACAGGACAUUCAGAGAUGGCAGUGGGAGAAGUCACAGAAGAAGCAAGUGAAGAACACCCAGAGUCCAAACUUUCAAUAGCGCGGGUGAGACGAAACGAAGCAAAGCUGCCAAUUGAAGAAAGUGAGUGGAAGGUAUCCACAUCACUGGAGGACCCAGAGGUGACACAGGGGCAGCCACAGAUUCAAGAAAGCAUGGAGCCUGAGAGGACAGUGUCCGGUUUGGGAGCUGAUCCGCAGGCUGGAGGGAGCACAGGUGGAUCACCAGAGUCCUCCAAACACAAGUUCAGCAUGCAGGAUAUCUUGUCUGAGAUCCAGGGCUUGGUGGAAAGAAGUAACAUAAUAAAUCGGACACCACACAUUGAUUUGAACUGGUACCUGAAGUCCUCUCCUGGUGAACCAGAGAUUCGAUUGAUGCGAACUGUCCAAAAUGUUCUGGUAUGUCGUUAUCAACCAGCACAACUCGAUGUCAGCGCAAUGUCCCAACAACUGCAGGAGGCAGAGGACUACAGGCGCUGUGUGCAGGAACAAGUAGCUACUAUGAAAAGCCUGAGCGCUGCCAGGAUUUGUGACCCAGACACCCUGAAAAGUGUUGAAGGACAGUGGACUGCUGCACUGCUGGAUGCCUCAGCCACAGUGCAGGUGAAAGCAGCACAGCUGGAUCAGGUCAAACAGUAUCAUAAGCAGAUGAGGAUCAUCAGAGCGUUCCUGGAGGUUGUAGCUGUUGAGAAGGACAAAAUGAGCUUAAAUACUUUGGAAAGCAGUGCACUUCAAGCCGACAAACUCCAUGCUCUGCUGAAAACCAUGCUACAGAAAAAAGGCCUGAUGGAAGAGAUCCUCCAAUUAAGUGGCCACUUGUCAGUCCACCUGAGUGAUGCUGAAAGUUCAGGUGCUCUUCUUGCCCAGCUCGGAGAUGUCCAGGAAGAAUGGAGGCUUUUAGAAGGAAGUAUCAAAAGAGAUCUGCAGCACGCCUCAAGCUCCACCUCUCAAUCAUGUCUGCUAAUAAAAGAGGCCGAAGAGCUUAAAGCCAAGCUUGAAGCUCUGCAGAAAUCCAACUUUCAAAGCCACGACAGAAAAAGUGCAUUAGAACUUGUUUGUCUGCGCACAGACCUAAAACUGUACAACCAGCUUUUUCUGCACUUACAGUCGCAGUCAGAUGCACUUGUUUGUUUCUCUCUGGGUCAGAAAGAGAAGGAUGAGAUCAAAUGUAGCCUUCAGGAACUGGGAUCUUUGCUUAAUGUCACCAAGAGCAUGCUUGACACCUCCACAUGCAGCACAUCUUCAGCUAGGAUCAACAAGCAGUUGCAAGACUUGAUCAUAUGGGGCAAGCAGGCAGAAAACCACAUCUCUAUUGGGAAAAAGUUAGCUCUUUUCCCAGAGGAGGCUCGUAUUCAGAUUGCUGAGAUGAAGAAAUUUCAGACUGACAUUUGGUCUAGAAAGUCAAAGUUGAGAGUAGAAGUUGAGCAGAUGAAAGCUGUAGCUUCUGGUAUGGCACAGGAUGAAAGUGAUCAAGUAUUGAAGAGUGUAGAGGACCUGUAUGAAGCCAUUGCUGACAGCUUGGAUCAUGUUCUUGGCAUCAUGAAGAAAAAUCUUGAAGAGAGGGAAAAACUGUUAUGCCAGCUUGCUAACAUGGAUGCCUGGCUUGCAGAAACACAUGCUAAAAGAAAUCCCUGUGCCCACAUUGAUAAUGUUUCAAAAGCUGACCUCACAAAGCUGGAGAGCAAACUCAAAAGUCACAAAUUAGCCAUAGUGGAGAUAGAGAGCAAGCUGAAACUGGCAGAAGCCAUGGCAGAAAGUUGCAGGGAAAUAGCCGUGGGGUUGAGUCCAGGAGAGAGCCGCUACCUUGUCAACAGACAUUCAGGCCUUUGGACAGAAUUAGAUGGGUUGUUAGCUCAUGAAAAGGCAACCAGCUGGGAAUUAGAGGAACUGAUUCAUGAGAGAACCUCCUCAGAUGAGGAGUUAGCGACCAUCCAGGCUAAUUUACAGCAAAUUUCUUCUGAUCUGAAGCAGCAAAGCUUCCCUUUAAGACAGGAAACACUUUCAGCAAUUGCACAAUUGAAGCACAAGCUUGUGGAGCAUCAGUGUGAAGUACAAGAACUUCAGCACUGCCAGGAGGCCAAGCGAAGGUCCCUGCUGUGUGCAAUUGGGGAACUGCAAGACCAGUGCAAAGUUCUUAGUAUCAAUGCCUUUGAGCAAGACAAAUAUCUGCACCUGAGGAGACAAAUGGAGGAAUCUAGGGAAAUUGCCAAAGAGCAAGUCGAGCGUGCCAAAGGUAAAACAAUCAGCAUGGGUGAGAGGUUCAGACUUUGCCAAACACUCUUGGUUGAGCUUCCUUUGGUAAAAACACAGUGCCAAGAAGCAGCGGACCAAUUGGAGGCCAUAGCUCAGGAGUUGCAACCAUCUCAGUGCGAGUCAGAGAGGCAAAGGAUCCGCAGCACUGUGGAAACUUUAGUCCUCUGGGAGCAUUCUGUAACAGACAACAUCAAAAACCUAGAGGCCAUGCUUCUGCUAGGUUUGCGUUUUUCCUCUGAGCUUCCUGCCUUAAUGGAGCUUUUCCGAAGAACAAGAGCGGAGCUGGAGGAAGCUGAAGCAGAGAAUCCAGAUGAAAAAGCCAUAGAUAUUGCACUACAAAGGUACUGGGUUAUUUGGAGAAACAUGGAAUCUGGGAUGAGGGUUUUGGAAGGUCUAGGACGGAAAGAAAAAAUUGAUCUGAAAAACUACAAGGAACUUUACUCUCUUCGGGAUGCAACCAAGCAAGAGUGCCAUUUACGAAUGGAGAGUUUAUCCCAGGCUAGAGAAUCCUUGAAAGACUACCAGUGGGCUGCUCAGGGAGCAAUAAGCUUCCUUCACAAUGCUGAAGCCACCUUCUUAUCAGCUCCUGGAGGUUUUUUGGACUGUACUGAGGAGCAAAGACAGACUCGGCAGGCUCUAGAAACCCUUGAAGAUGGAUUUCAGGCUCAUAUCAGUCACCUUGUGGAACUGUUGCCCCAACAACCCUGCCUGUCCCGCACAAAGACUGAGCAGCUCCACAUCACCAUCCUCAGUCAGUUGUUGGUGGGAAGAGCAAUGCUGGAGGCCCAAGCCCAACUCAGGCUACAGUCCCUGCAGAGGUGUGAAAUAAAACAACAAAGCCACAGGAAGUGUCAUGAAGACAUAUGUCAGUGUCUAUCAUGGCUUGAAGACGAGCUUUUAGAAUGUUCUGCAGAACAAGUGACGUCAUCUGGCAAAUGUGAUUCCCAGCAAAAAAGAGCCAAGCUCCUGAUGGAAGAUGUUCACAGCCUCGCUGGUAGGAUCGAAGAACUCAGGGCUGGAUGUCCGAUGCAGGGCUGUGGGGUUGGAAAGGACAGAGAGCUUGGAGCCCUGUGGAGGCGAUGGAUAUCAUUACGACGUGGGGUCGGACUCCUGAUGGCACACAUAGAACAAAGAGGAAGUGAAUGGAAGGAUAUUACGACAAGUAUGGAGCAGUGUUGCAGUGUUUUGGCCAGUCUUCAGGCGGACGUUCCCGACUCCUCCGCUGUGAGCUUCACUCAGGAAGAACCCCAGGAGCUUCUGGCUCAGGCAGAGAUGCACCAGGCCGGGCUGGAGCAGGAGCAGCAGGCCUUAGCCUCCCUGGAGCAUCGACUGGAGCACGCCCUGAGCUUAUAUAGUACCGAGGAUCCCAUUAGCCCUGGACCUGUGGCCAAAACCCUAGUGAAGAUCCAAGAGAAUGUCAGGAGCCUGAAAGAGAGAAAUCUGCUGGUGGUAGCUGCAGCCCAGGCAGAGGAAGAAGAGAGGCAGCAAGUCCAAGAGGAGAUAGGAGAGGUGGAGCAACACGUGUUUGCUAUUCUUCCCUCGCUGGAAGCCUGUUCAAAUCCAUGCAAACAGCAGGAGCUCAAAAAGGAUUUAUCCUGCCAGAAGGCUAAACUAAAGUGUAUCGUGGACGGUGUGCAGAGCCGCUAUGCUGAGAUACCAGCUGAUAUCAACAGAAGGUUACAAGAAGUUCAGCUGUCUCUGCAAAGAGAAGAGGAGAAGCUCAUGGAGAAGAGCAACCCAGUUCAGAAGCUGGACCGUCAGGUGGUGGAGUUCGCUUCAGGUCUGGAGAAAGUGAAACUGUUGCUGGAGAAGAAGAGUCCAACAGUCAGCCAAGCAGAAAAUGUUCUCAAGCAUGUGUGGGAUGAGCUGGAUGCGUGGCACAGUCGCCUGAUGCUCCUGGAGAACGAGGUGCAGGAUCUUGCAGAGCAGCAUCCAGAUCAAGCCCACCUACUCAUGGACCAACUCACCCAACCCCUGCAGCUCUACCAAAACGCAGCGCAAAAGGCCGAGCAACGCACCACCUUCCUAAGCAAGAUCCCGGCCUGUCUUCAGGACUUUGAAGACACCAUGUACAGCGCCACCUGCUGGUUAAAUGAGGCCCAGUCGUGGCUCAAUGCUUCCUGCUCAUUCACAACAUCCAGAAGCCUCCAGAAUCACGCAAACUCCCUGCAGCUCGUGCUGGACGACUCUGAGAGGCUCAGGAACAAUCUGCAGGACUUCAGGCCAGUCCUGGAUGAGAUCUCUGCUGUGUGUGACAUGACGACCCAGGAAGAGAGGCUGGACCAUAAUGACCAGCAAGUCCAAAAUAUGCAACACAAGAUUGUAGAGCCACUUGAGCAGCUGCUGCAGGCUGUUGUGCUGGUGGAGGCAAUAGAGGUGGAGCUGAAGACGAUAGAGAAGAAUAUCCCGAAAGUCAGAGCGAUUUUAUCCUCCAUGGACAACUCCAGCAUAACUCUGACGGAGCAUCUUCAGAAUCGACAGGUCAUCCUAGCCAAUGUGCAGUCGAUGCAGAGGACACUAGCUGACAUGGAGAGAUGCAAAGGAGAGCUUCACCUCCCUCAGGGAGCAGAGGAGAGCCUGCUGGUCUUCUCCAGAGCCACGCUGCUCCGGCAGCCAGUGCAGGAGCUCAAACAACUCACCCAGCAACAAACCGCGCUGCUGGAGAACAAGAUUCAUGAGGCAGAUCUUGGCAUCACAACAACACCUGAAGAGAUGCAGCAGCUACACAGAUCUCCACAAAGACACCUGGUCCAGCAGGACGCUUUUGAGGUGUCUUAUUCAGAGGAAGAGGAGGAUGAGGAAAACCAGAGUUGUCACUCGUCAUCCUCUGACACACUAACAUGCAGUAUUCCAGAGGACCCAGAGGAGACACUCAACGCUUCAGAUGUGCAAAGUGAGGAUACUUCUGAAAUUAAGCCACUGUCUGAAGUUAAGGAACUGAGGAGUUCAGCUGGUCAGUUUUCUUCCGAAGUGGAGACGAGCUCAAAAGUUGCUGAAACUGGGCUUUUAAUGGUGAAGUCCGGGCUUGAUACAAAAGAGCCAGAAAUCGUUGAAACUAGAUUAAUAACAAUGGAUUCCAAACCUGCUGUUGGCAAAACAUUCAGUCCUGAAUCUGUGACAGCCGAAUCAUUCAUCGCUGCAGCUGAAGAACAGUUCACUGCUGCUCCUGCUGCUACACUGAACCAAACAAACCCUGAAUCCAUUGCUUCCAACCCUCGUAUAAAAUCCCUUCAGACAGCAGCUGCAGUGGAAGACAUCACAAGACUGAUUCCUACAAGACCUAUAACUCCGUUCACUGCCAUGAGAGCAGAGUUUAUAGAGGAGGAAGACGAAGAUCUGUCUUUGUCCACAGCUCCCUGUCAAGAUCUAGUUACUUGUAAUGUGUUGAAGGAGCAAAGUGAAGUUGGCACUGGUCAGAGUAGUUUGGCAGAAGAUUCACAACGAGCCGUGGAGUCGUCUGAAGUGCCAAUCAGCCUGACUACACACGAAGAAGAUGAUGAAGAGCAGCUGAGGUGGAGUCAACUUUACACCCAGAUCGCUCAAAAACUGACCACUUUGACAAAAGUCAAGGAGGAGCAUCAAACCCUGAUCAGCCCAGAGGAAGGAGGGACCCAAGAUAAGGUCCCAGAAGGGGAGCUGAUAUCAACCGGCUCUGCUUCUGCUGUCCUCCAGCGGACACAUCAGUCGAUCACUAUGCUGAGACAAGCGGUGUGCUCUGCAGACGCUUCACAUCCAGAUGUGAAUGAGGUGUUGUACGAGGCUCUACGGAGGGUGUUCCUCUGUCUGGAUGCUUUGACAGACCUGCUGUUGACUCCUGGUGGCACUGGUGAAGACGACCCCCAGUGGAGGCUGCUACAGCAGGAGUGUGUAUCGACUGAGCUGGUGACUCUGACUGAGCUGUUGAGUAAAGUGGAGUCAAAGACCAGACCAGCACUCUCGAGAGACGAACCAGAGGCUCUCCACUGUCUGACCUCCCUUCAGGACUGUCUUCACACGGUCCAGCUGGUCUUCACCUCAUCACGCAGUCAGCUCGCUGAACAUCUGGGCGUCACGUACCAACAUCAGGAGCUCUCCUCCAAGCAGCUGUGCAUCUUGGACGAGCUUGAACUGGAACAAAGUGAGAUGUUUCCCAGCAUAAAGGAUGCUCCCAGUUUGGAGCAGUGUGUGCUGGGCAGACAUCUGAGGGAGAGUCCAGGGGAAAGAGCCAAGCUACAGCAAGCUUCCCGGUCCUUGCUUCAGGGGAUAACUCGCCUCUUGGAACUGGGUGAAGAAUGCAUAACAGAAGGGCAGAUGAGCCAGGUUCACAGCCGCAGCAGACUUCAAGCUGUUCUCUGCAGACACCGGAAGCUCCUGCAGGUCCUCAGGUCUCAGCUGGCCUUUGUGCAGCAUCUGUUCCAAAGUGAGCCGAAAGCACUCAAGGGUCAGGAUCUUGUGUGGGUACAGCUGGAAGUCAGAGCCAAAGCUUUGCAGCAACAGGCUCUGGAACAGGAAGUGGCUUCUCAAAGGAGGAUCCAGGAUUGGACCCGGUGGGACGAUAAUUGUAGUCGACUGAGCCGGCUGCUGGAUGAUACCGAAGCCUUCAUCAGCAGUGGAGGAGCAGAGGGAGACGACGAGAAGCUAGUACAGCAACGACUGGAUGCCUGCAAGCAAACAUUGGUCCAGCUGGAUGAGAGCAGAGCUGCUUUGGGAUUGCUCAUAGAUCAGGGGAAGGUGCUGCAAACCGAGCCAGACUUUGCUGCCGCAGUCAGUCAUACAGGAGGCGCCCUGGAGCUGCGAUGGCAGAACGCCUACAGGCGGGCAGAGCGGGAGAUUCAACGCUGCAGAGAUAUCCAGGACUGCCGGGUCAGAUUCCAGACUGACUUUGCCUCGGUCAGUGAAUGGUUGGCUGGUGCCAACAAACACCUGAAAAAUUGGUCAAACCUGGCCGACACCUCUGACCUGGACCAGGAGUGUGUUCACACCCAUCUGAUCAAGCUGCUGGAUUUCUCCAUGGAGACUAAAGCCAUGUCGGUGAAGAGGGCGUCUUUAUCCAAGGAGGCCACUCGUCUCCUUCACCUGAGAGACGCUGAUUGUCCCGGGCUGAGAGCGCAGCUCGCCCAGCUGGAGGUCGACUGGAGCCAGCUGACCUCUGACCUGUCCAAAAUACAAGACCGACUGCAGCAGCGGCUGCUGGCAGCGUGGCCACCGGUGAAGCUUCUGUCUGACCUCGAGGACUGGCUGAAGAAGCUGGAGACUCGGCUGAGCCUGGAGAAAGAAACAUUUCUCAAGGCCAAAGACGCUGCUCAGAUGACUGAAAUCCUGCAGCACUGCCAGGAGUUAAAGGAAGGCAUGACCAAUGGGCAGCUCCUUCUUGAUUUCCUGUGCCAGCCCGGGCCCCGGGUGAUGGUCAUGGACGUCCAGGCUCUUCGCUACGAGCACACAAUGUUUGCGGAGAAUCUCGGCGCUCUCAGACUGAAGUGGCUGCUCCUUCAGAGAGAGCUGGAGAGCCAGAUUUGUGAAGCUGAACAGAUGCAUCACUCCUGUGCAGACAGAGAGAGGCGCUUACAGCAUCUUCAUGGCUGGACAGAACAGCAGAAAAAGCAAAUGAAUCAGAGGAAACAACCUACCGGUCAAACUCUGGCUCGUAAGGCUCUGCUGGAGUUGGAGGCUGUUGGGGGCAGAGUCAGGGAGGUGGCUGCAGCUUUGCAGGAACUGAAAGCCUCACGGGUCCGUGUUGAAAAGGAUCACCCCUGCGAUUUCUCUUUCUCUGGACAGACAGAGAGUGUUUGUCGUGCUUGUGGGGAUCUUAGUCAGCAGGUGACAGAUCUGAGACCAGCUCUGCAACAGACCGUGGAGGAGUGGGGAUGUUUCGAGAGAGAUCUGAGGGAGGCUUCUCUGCACACCACUAGGGUGCGCUGUGCUCUGCAGCGUCAGCCUCUGUUGUCACUUAAGCAGGCAGAAGGACACAUGGACCUCCUCCAGCUCCUCCAGGAGAAGGCGGGAAAGGGAGAAGAGCUUUGGCAGUCCGCGGGCAAAUCCUAUCAGAGUCUUGUGAAGAGAAUUCAUGGUGUGACAGCCGACGCUCUGAAUGAUCAAAUGGAAGGAGAGAGAAUACGGUGGAAGGACGUGGUGCAGGAGCUGAAGGACGAGCACAUGAAGAGCGGGGAGACGCUUUCUCUCUGGCAGGAGUACGCUCGCCUCUCUGAUCGAUGCUCCCUUCAGCUGCAGAAACUGUGGCAUCAGUGGGAGGAGCUGUCGAGGUCUUCACCUCGACAGGACACACAGAUGGAGCAGCAGUUGCAGGUUGCUGCUGAGGAUUUGCAAAGCAGCAUGGGAGACGUUCUUGCAGCUUCCAAGCCUCUUAUUGGACAUCUAGAACCUCUGGCUGCAAAUUUAAUCCAAUCACAGACCAGGCUUCUGUCACGUGACGUCCUGCUGCUGUGCCAGGCAACAUCAGGGAAAAAGAAAAGUCUUCAGGAGGAUUUGGAGCAACAGAAACUGUUUCAUACACGAUUGGAGGGGCUUGAAAUGCAGACACAGAACAUACAGAACAAACUGACGGCCAGCUUGAAUGACACAGACUCCGUGAAGGUUCUUUUGGACCUCAGCGGUCUGUUUGCGUCACUGGUUGACGUCAGAGAUAUGAGUGGCUAUGUGUCCCUUAACAACAACGAGACAGAGAGACUCCACAUGCUCAGCCGGCAAUGGGUUGAAAGCAUGACUCACGUGUCUGAAAGGAACAGAGAGCUGCAGGCUGAGCGUCAGCGCUCACAGAGCUUUCACGAGAAAUGUAAGAACCUGUUGUCCAUCCAGAAGAAGCUCGAGGCAGAAUCAAUGUCCAAAAAAACUCAAAGUUACGUCGGCCUCCAACAGAUGCUGACUGUCCAUCAGAGGCUUGAGGCUGAAAUAAAGACUGGACACCAGCUUCUGCAGGGUCUUCUCCGUCAUGCAGUGGAGACGAUGGAAAAAGAAACAGGAGAGAAAAGGUCUGAACUCAUGGCACAGGCGACCUGUGCGAGGGAGGGCUGGUUCACCUCCGUGGCUCUGGUCUGCCAGCGCAGGUCUUUGAUAAAAGAACAGCUGAGCCAGUGGAGGGUCUACCAUCGUGGUUUGAAACUUUUGUGGAAGCUGUUGAGAGGCGUCGACCCCUUGUUGCCCCCUGCUGGUCCUGCUCUGUGUGCGCUGCACCAGCUACGUAGCUGCAUGGAUGACUACCAGUGUGUCAAAGACUCCCUGGGUCUGCACUCCGCUGUGUACACCCAGACAGUUGAGGCCGGCAGACAUUUAUGUGAAACCACGACUGAGUCGGAGUGUCAGAGCCGACUGCAGUCAGAGCUCCAGGCUGUAGAGGACGCCUGGGAACGAACCACCUCGCUGCUGGAGAGGAGAAGAGACCUGGUCAACACAACUAUUCAGAAGUGGUCUCAGUGUCAGAGCGGGAUCAGCAGCAUCAUGUGUGAACUGGACGAGAUGAAAACGAAGCUCAAUCAGCCGCUGCCUGAAAAACCUCCGGACUCCAAGGACGAGAAACACAUUCAGGAGACAGAGCUCUCUCUGCAGCGUUUGGCCAGUGGUUUGAGGGAAUUGGCCACCAUGAAGACGGACCUGUCCCAGUACGUUGCGGCCGGUGACUCGGCUCUGUUGGAGCAGCAGCUGGAACAACUCCACGGCCAGUGGGAAGAGCUGUGUAUGAAGGUGUCCUUGCGGAGGCAGGAAAUCGCAGAUCGCCUCAACGCCUGGACCAUCUUCAACGACAAGAACAAGGAGUUCUGCGAUUGGUUGACUCAGAUGGAGAACAAGGUGUGCCACAGCGGAGAUCUGAGCAUCGAGGAAAUGGUGGAGAAACUGAAAAAGGACUGCAUGGAGGAAAUCAACUUGUUCAGUGAGAAUAAGAGCCAUCUGAAGCAGCUGGGUGAGCAGCUGCUGUUAGCCAGUGAUGAGGCCAAGCAGACCCAGGUCCACGGCUCGCUGCUGGAGGUCAACCAGCGCUGGCACAACCUCUUCCACCAAAUCGAAGCCAGGGUGAAGAAGCUGAAGGAGACUCUGGUGACGGUGCAGCAGCUGGAUAAAAACAUGAGUAACCUCCGCUCGUGGCUUUCUCGCGUGGAGGCCGAGCUGUCAAGACCCAUCACCUACAGCGUCUGUCACCACCAGGAGAUCCAGAGGAGGCUGGCCGAACAGCAGGAGCUGCAGAGGGACAUUGAGCAGCAUACGGAGGGCGUAGCUUCAGUACUCAGUCUGUGCGAUGUUUUGCUGCGGGACGAAGACGCUGCUUGCGGCACCGAGGCGGAGAGCGACUCCCUGCAGGAGACCAGCCGCAGCCUGGACCAGCGCUGGAGGACCAUCUGUGCCAUGGCUCUGGACAGGAGGCUCAGGAUCGAGGAGACGUGGAAACUCUGGUGCAAGUUCCUCGAGGACUACUCAAGGUUCGAGGAUUGGCUCAAGAUUGCCGAGCGCACCGCUGCCAACCCAAACUCUGCAGACGUCCUUUAUACUGUCGCCAAGGAGGAGCUCAAGAAGUUUGAGGGCUUCCAAAGGCAGGUUCAUGAGCGGCUGACCCAGCUGGAAUUAGUAAAUAACCAGUACCGCCGCCUAGCCAGGGAGAGCCGCACUGACCGGGCCAGCCAGCUCAAGGCCAUGGUCCACGAAGGCAACCGGCGCUGGGACACCCUGCACCGCAGAGUGGCAGCCAUCCUCCGCAGACUCAAGUAUUUCACCAGCCAGAGGGAGGAGUUUGAAGGCACCAGGGAGAGCAUGCUGGUGUGGCUGACCGAGCUGGACCUGCAGCUCACCAACGUCGAACACUUUUCAGAGAGCGACGUCCAUCACAAGAUACAACAGCUCAAUAGUUUCCAGAAGGAGAUCACCCUGAACACGGAGCGCAUUGACGGGCUGAUAGUGUUUGGAGAGGGCCUGAUCCAGAAGAGCUCGCCGCAAGACGCAGCACUGAUAGAAGACGAGCUGGAGGAGCUCCACUCCUACUGCCAGGAGGUUUUCAGCAGAUUGGUCCGCUUCCACCAGCGCCUCAGCCAGCCGCCGCUGAUCAAAGAAGAACCGGAGCUCUGUGGUACCACCUUCUCCUUGGAGUCGAGCUUGGAGCUGAUUGGUCGCCCGUGGCUCGGACGCAGCCAAGGAAGCCUGCCGGCCACGCCCACCCACCUGCUGACCUCCCCGCUGGAGCGAUCAGGGCGGGAGACACCGGUGAGCGUGGACUCCCUGCCGCUGGAGUGGGACCACACCGGAGACGUGGGGGGGUCAUCAUCCCAUGAGGAUGAUGAGGAGGAGGAGGAGGAUGGGGAAGAAGAUGAGGAGGAGAGAACUUACUUCAGUGCACUGUCAGAGGUGGAGGUGACUGAGAGCCAGGAGGAAUUUGUCGAAGCCCUGGAGGCCGUACGUGCCUCCUCACUGGCUUCGAGCAGUUCCAUGGCCGGACACGAGUCUCCAAGAUGGCGAUCGCAGGCAGACCCAGAAACACAGUCUCUCCAGCUGGACUCAGAGGGCCACACCAAGGCUGCACCCACCCUCACCAGCACCCCUCUAAAGCAGGGCUAUUUGCGUCUCAUGUCUCAGUGCAGUGGCAGCAUCGAGGACAUUAAAAGAGUCUCGCUGAUGCUGGAUGACGAGGAGCAGCCGGAGGAGCUCGGCCUGACAGGACUCACCGCCUCAGACAAACAGUCAGGUGUGAUCGAACGCUGGGAGCUCCUUCAGGCUCAGUCAAGGAGCGACCUGCAUGCCGGCCCUCCAGAGCCUCAACGGCUCACAUCUGACCUCGACAAGAUCACUUCAUGGUUAGAAAAAUUGAUCCCGGAGCUUGAGCGCCUCCAGCAGUCCGACCCAGCAGCCAGUAUUGAGGACAUGGCAGCCAGAGCUAAAGAAUUAAAGGAGAUGCAGAAGAUGUUUAGUCGCUACAAAUCGAUCAUGCUGUCUGUGAACCUGCGAGCUCAGGAAGCUCCAGAACUCCAGGAGAGACUGGCGGGUAUGAACCGAGACUGGAGCCAAGUGAGUACCGGCCUCCAACAGUGGGAAACCAGCCUGAGGAGGACGCUGAUGCGCUGCCAGGAGUUCCAUGAGACCGUCCAUUCUCUGCUGCUGUGGCUGGCCCACGCAGACAGCAGACGCUACGCAGUGGACAUCAGUCACCCAGACACACCCGUCAGAGCCCUGCAGCAACACCGCCGCACCCUCACAGAUCUGCAGGACGAGCUGCAGGGCAGGCAGACUCAGCAGGCUUCUCUCCAGGCCCUGUGGUCUCAGCUCCAGCCUGAGGAGGGGGCCGAGGAGAGCGACGAGGCCCAGGAGAAGCUUCACGUGACGGGCAGUAAACUGAAGUUGCUGUUGAGGCAGGUGGACCGGGACCUCAGUACCCUGCAACAGCGUUUGGACUGUGAAUCUGUAUCUGAUGUCCAAGGCCAAAGCGCCUCUGCAGAUCCAUCUCAGGACGCCUCUAGUUCAGAGAAAGAUUCCUCUACCCAAAGAGAGAAGAGGGACUCGCCCCCACCUCGGUCCUUCUUCUACCGGGUUCUUCGUGCUGCCUUCCCGCUCCACCUCCUCCUACUGUUCCUGCUGCUCCUCCCCUGUCUGAUUCCCCUGUCGGAGAGCGAACCCGGCUGUACCGCGGCCAACAACUUCGCCCGGUCCCUCCACCCAAUGUUACGCUACACCAACGGCCCACCACCCACCUGAUGAAAGUGUAUCAGGGGAGGUCUGACAUAUAAAAUUCAUAUGUUGAGCUGAUGAAGCGAUUGUCUUCUAAAGAAAAAGAAAAGUCCAAAGUUCAGAAAUUAUCUAUUUAAAAUCUUUGAACAGAUUAUAUUUAUUCCAUAAAAAACAAAACCACCCAUUUGACUGCAUUUCAAUCAUGUGAAGAAAAAAAAAAUGCAGAUAUUCUUUUAAUGUUUAAUAAUGCAAAGAUCAUGACGCCGUCCAAGAAAUCAAUCACUGCAGCCUCUUGGAUAUUUCCUCUUGAAGAGUCUUGUAGUAGAUGUGGAGGUUUAAAGCAGCAAACAGACACACAGCGACAGGUAAGAACUUAAAUAUCCUUAAGCUAAGCCAGCGAACAUUAUGAGGUGGAAACCAAGUAAGAUGAUGAAAUCACAAUAAUUUUUGCUUGAAUUGGGCUAAAGGUUUAAUUUAAUGGUCUAAACAUCAUAGUGGCCUUUCACUUAACAAGUUGCUGCUUAGCUUAUAUCAGAUUCUUUUUUUUUAUUCCAAUGUAUCCUUGUUAUUCACGUUUAUAUUCACAUGUCACUCCUCCUGCCAUGGGCCUGACUGCAUGUUUUAUUUUGAAAUUUUGCCAUUUCAUUUCGUGUGACUUGACCCUGCAAACAAAAAAAAAAUCAUGCUGGAUUUAUUUUUAUGUUACACUGAACUCUUUUUAAAAAAGUUCAUUUUUACAACAAAAGACGAAUGUAAUCAGUACAAAGGUCAACAGUACAAAAUCAAAGAUUUUAUACACGAUUGUACAUCCAGAUUUUUUUUUUAGAUACUAUUUGUCUUGAGUAGAUUGUGAGCAUACCUCCCAGUGCACUGUUGAAACACUGUAGAUUUAGCAGGAUGAUGUGUAUGUACAGAAUGUAAUAAUAUAAUGCUUAUUUAUAACAUCAGACGGUGGAUUUAUGCUCCUAAUUUUCUGGUAGUAAACACUGAUUGUCUUAACUCUA